AUGGGCUCCAUUGCUAAAGAACCCCUCUCUUCCCUCGACUUGCUGGCGGCCAAGGGAGUGCUGGAACGCCUACCUACCUUGGGAAACUGGUUGCUUGUCGGCACGAUCGUCUACUACGUUGGCCUGGCCAUAUACCGACUGCAUUUUCACCCUCUCGCCAAAUUUCCCGGCCCCACUCUUUCGGCAGUCAGCGGUAUUCCCUGGUUGUGGGAGAGUUAUAUAACCGGUACCUUUACGUGGAAUGUGCGAAAGCUGCACGAAAAGUAUGGCAAGAUUGUGCGCAUUUCGCCGAACCGGCUAGCCGUCGACGGUUCCGUUGGAUGGUCCGACAUUUACUCCCGAUCAGGAGGUAGCGAAUUCAGCAAAUACCCAGGCUUCUUUGGCCCCAAUGGAGACUUGACCAUCGUCGGCGCGAUGACCAAAGAGAGCCACAGACGUUACCGCAGGGCGCUUGCCCACGCCUUCAGCGAGACGGUUAUGCAUGAACAGGAGCCCCUCAUCACCUACUACGUCGACCUUUUUAUUCGACGCCUGUCCGAUGCAUCUCGCGACGGCGCCUCUUUUAACAUGGUCAACUGGCUCAACUAUGUUACCUUUGACAUUGUUGGUGAUUUGUCGUUUGCCCACUCCUUCAACUCGCUGGAGAAUCGCAAAGGACACCCUUGGAUCGAAAACAUGACCACGGGUAUUUUGGGAGGCGCUUACAAUCGCUUCCUCGUGGAAUUCCCGCUUGCAUUCCCCGCCGUCUUUUUCCACAUUCGAAAAGCCGUCAACGCCUUCUGGACCAACCGCGCUUACGCCGACGAAAAGUCCAGGGCGCGCAUUGCCAAAGGCAGCGCCGACGAGGUGACGGACAUGGUCGGCUCCGACGGCAAACCUGUGGUCCGCAAAGAUUUUAUCGGCUACAUGCUGCGGGAAAACAAGGACAAGGAGGCCCUGACCGAAGUCGAGAUUGUGCGCAACGCCGAAACCCUGAUGAACGCCGGCAGCGAAACAACGGCGACUUGCCUUGCCGCCCUCACCUACCUCCUGUCCCUGCCCGAAAAUCGCGACUGGCUCAACCACGUUACAAACGAGGUCCGUAACUACUUUAAGCGCGAAGCCGACGUGACCCUUCGCUCCGUCAACCCCAAGGCGCUGCCUAUUUUGAAUGCUUGCAUCGAAGAAUCUCUUCGUUACCACCCGCCGGCCUCCGAGACUACGCCACGAGUUUCCCCGGGAGCCCUGGUUAAUGGGCACUACAUCGCCAAGGGUUGCGUCGUCCAAAUCUACCAGCUAGCCACCCACCACAACCCCGAAAACUUCCUGGAAUGUGACAGUUUCCGCCCGCAACGCUUCCUGCCGCCGACGCACCCCCUGUACGAACGUCGCUUCGCCAACGACAACAUGGCCUCGUUCCGACCAUUCGCCUACGGCUCGCGCGACUGCAUCGGCAAGAACCUGGCCUACAGCGAGAUGCGCCUCGUCAUGGCCAGGACCCUGCUUCGCUUCGACUUUGUCGGCGUCGACCCCGUCAGCAAGGAUUUCCUAACGUCGCAGCGUGCCUUUACUGUUUGGGUGAAGCCAUCCCUGUGGGUCAAGUUUAAGGAGAGGACUGACCUGGAGCUCAAGGCUUGA